AUGCUCCUAUGCGCCUGUGGUCAGAGCGAUACGGAGCGGCCGAUCGGUAUACGAUCUGACGCCUUUCCAUGUGAUACACGUGUGUUAAGUCAUUUACAGGAGGAGAGGUUGGCACACCUGGAAGAGAAAUUAGAUCUCCUGUUGAGUGGUGGCUUACCGAGCCAUGCCACACGUCCAGAGCAGACACUCGAAGAAACCGCUGAUUAUUCAGAGAAGUCAUACUCGGUGACUCCUCCGGCUCGCGAGCCCAGUUACCCUACUAGCCACCCUUCUUCUACCCUCGAGUUCAACUCCGAGAAUGCGAAUUUGCGGCCGCGCCCAUCCGACAUCGCCGUUGGAAUCGAGCUGUACUUCAAGUACUGUCACAAGCAACCGAUCUGGUGCUUUGGGCCCGAAGAAGUGGGAGAUCACAGCUCUCUCCCUGAAGAACUUGCUUGCAGUAUCCUCGCCCUAACUUCACGCUUCCCACCCAGAUGUGAUCAGUUGCGCCGCUAUGGCAAGAAUGCGAGGAGUUUGAUCAUGCUUCGUAUCGCGAAUGGUACGGUGGACCUUGCGACCGUUGAGAGCUUGUGUCUGCUUUCGUACUCCUUUUUUAUUGACGGAAACAUGUCCCUCGGCCAAUUUCACGUCGGCCUUGCUUUCCAGCUCUGUCGAUCCGCUACGCUGGACCUCGAAUCCACAUACACCGUCGAUGACGCGACCACUGAGCGGAAAAAAAGGCUCUUCUGGAGUCUUCAGAUACUUGAGCAGUCGUACGGCCGACAACACGGUCUUUUGAGCGUGCCAACAGAGACAUGGCGACCAUCUUAUUCGUCAAGUGGCAGAGGACAGGGUCCGGACAGAGAGAUUGACCAAAAGGCCCCGCCUUUGCCCCGGGAUGACCUGGGAUGUUCAACACCGACUGAGCCAGGAAUCUGGAACACAAGUGUCCAGCUAGGAUGGGUGUGGAGUCGGGUAAGAAAAUACGUGUCGAACUGUGCUCACAAUAUCUGGAAGGAACCUUGGCGGCACGACUCGAUGUAUGCCAUGGUGCUCUCUGAUUUUAUGGAGACAGAAAACAGGAUACCCAUCUGCCACCGAUACGACUCGGUCAAAUUCUACGAGCGCAAAGUGGAGGAGUUGAAAAUCAACCGAGAUUAUUGGGCCCCGUGGCUGAGGGAGCAGUUCACGUACCAUGCGAUCCCUACCGUUUUGAAUCACCCUUUCCUCUACAUCAUCGGGGCACAACACAAUCCCAACUUGGCAAUUCCGAAUACGUUUUGGAGGAGAUCUUCCGAGCUCGCCCUCUUACACUCUACCUGGAUUGUUCGCAUGAUUGACAUGGUCUUGGACAAACAAAUGCCGCUGGUCGAUCCAUUUUUCGGACAUGUCGCUGCCAUUGCAGCGACCGUGCAUCUCUAUUAUUGCUGUGCCGCCGAUUCCAGGUUGAAACAUAAAUCAAACACGGACUUUGCCAAAUGCAGGAGAUUUCUGAAAAGCUUUGUACCCUUUUCACCCGCCUGUAAAGCUUUGGACUCUAAUCUAGACAAGAUGACGCGGAUUGCUGCCGGCUCCGAGAGUAUGGAUGUUGAAGACUGGAUGCCUUCCAAGAUCUACCUCAGUGUGCCUUUGAUGUGGGAUAUCCUACAGUUCAACUGUAUAGCGGAUCCUCGCGAGAUACCCACUGCCGGCUUACUGGACACCUCCCUCUCACCCGCGGUGCCUCAAAAAUACGCGGACGAGAGCUCAACCCUUGAGAUUAUUGUCGCUACCUCACCAGAAAUUUCUGUAAACACCGCUGAUGGAGGGCAAGAUGCACCAAUAUUAUCGUACAGAGCUCCUGUCUCUUCGGCGCCAGAGUCUGCACAGAAGAAUGUCUGCAACGAAAUAUCUGUUGAGCAAGCAGACAGCCUCACUCUGAACACUACUCCGUGGCUGUGGGCGGACCCUUCGCAAUUCGUCGGCAUGGGAGACAUGGGCUAUCACGACUCGCAGCCCGCAAUGGGCGAUGCUAGGGGCGCGGCAUGGUGGGAGGUCGAGAACAUUGGUAACGUCAUGUUUAAUCAUUUCUAG